AUGCACCCCGAAGAAGUAACAAACGCCGGCUACUGGGACUUCGUGCAACGACAACAUCUGAAUCCGGCACCACCAACAAGCUACAAUGGUCCAGUGCAGUCUUUAGGCAAUUCAGGGCCUCCACCACGUCGACGAGUUCUUCUAGCAGAUCCUCGGGGACCACCGGCGCCCGCACCUCGACCAGCUCUUCUCCCACAUCCACCGGCCGCCCCUGUUUCCUAUUUUCCACGUUCUCAUCCUUAUCAAGCUCCGCCCUCUCGUCCGGUGUUACUUCCAACUCCACCGCCACGUCAUCAUCCGUAUCCACCGCGUUAUGGAUCGAAUUACGGAGGACAAGUCCCGGCGCCGAAAAAGUAUAAACCGUCACAAUCCGAAAGAAAACGACGGAAAGCGGCGAGAAUAUUGGAGGAGGAGCGGAAAAAGGCUCAGUCAUCAUCCGGCACUUCUGGAUCCGCUGAUAAUCCCGGAGUCGAAGAAUGUGCUGAAGACGGGACGUCAUCUGAAACAUCAGGAGGUGUAGAAGCGAAAGCGGAUUCUGAAGUCCUUGCCACGUCAUCAGGUCCAGAAUCCGAGAAUUCUGAAUCCGUAGACACACCAUCAACAUCAACAGUUGAAAAAGAAUCUGAAACUAUUGCCACUUCAUCAGAAGCAAGAACUGAAGAUAAAUUUCGAGAAGAUUCUGAAUCCAAGCCAUCUGACUGUUCAACUACAAGUAGCUUUACAAAAAACUAUAUGAUAAAUUCUGAAGCCACGUCAUCAGAUGCACCAAAGAUAACAAAAACAGGCGAUUCUGAUAAACUACCAGAAAAUGAAGACGUCAAAAUCGAACUACCAGAUGACAUCCCCGGUUCAUCGCCCGCCAAAAACCCUGUAGAAGAAUGGGUCAACUCGAUAAUGAAUGAAAAAUCAUAA